AUGCGUCUGAGCGAAGCCUUCGAGUCGUUUUGCGAGGGGGUCUCGUUGUCCGGGCCGAUCUGGGAUCAUAUCCUCGAGUACUGGAGGGAGAGCCUGAGGAGGUCCGAGAAGGUGCUGUUCUUGAAGUACGAGGAGAUGAUGGCCGAGCCGGUGGGGAACGUGAGAAGGCUUGCGGAAUUCGUGGGGCGUCCCUUCUCGGAGGAGGAGGAGAAGGAUGGGGUGGCGGAGGAGAUUGUACAACUGUGCCGUUUUGAGAAGCUCAGCAGUUCGGAGGUGAAUAAAAAAGGCAUAUACGAAGCAGGGGAGAUAACUCUGCCGCAUGAGUCGUUUUUCAGAAAACGGCCAGGUUGGAGAUUGGACAAAUCAUUUGAGUCGUGA